UUGUCAGUUUGUUUCGAAAUUUUGUAGCAAGCGGAUCAGCUCGCUCUUCAUUUAUACUGUGGUUAAUAUACAGUGUGACUGGAAACAUUCUAUUAGGAUACUAAUAGUGUAGUGAUUUUUUUCUGUCAACGGAAGAUCAUAUUUUAUAGAGUUUGUGCUCAUAUAUACUUGCAAGAUGACUGCUUGUAUUGCUGCCUCAAUGUCUACUAAUUAUCCUGGAAUGAACGACCAUUUUUGGAAGCCUGGUCUCUAUAGGGAUCUCAAGAUGAAAAGAAAAAGAGUCAGUGAAAUUUGUAAAGUUGACACUUUUCACAUUCGUCAAGAUGACCUCGUGUCGGAAUGUGAAUCUCAGAGUGAAGCAGACAGUGCUUAUUGUUCAGAUUUGGGAAUGGACGAGGUUUCUGAGCCAAAAAUUCAAAAACAUAGCGCCAAAUCAAACAUCAGAAAGGAAACUGUGGCCAUAGUUAAGUCCCCAUAUCAAGAAUUUCUAUCCGGUUGGAAGUCCCCGAAUUCUGGGUCUAAUUUGAUGAUGCCAUGUUUUAGCCUGCCACCUGGAUGUUUGAUACAACCACAACAAUUAAUGACCAUGACAUCUGUAGCCAGUUCUACUGGGCAUACAUCAAUCCAGUUUAUACCAGUUAUAAGCAACUCACAUGGUCAGAUGGCCACAGGAACCCAUGUUACAUGUAGCUCUGUUGGUGGCCCUAUUUUUGUUGCUUCUCCUUCCCUGAUCUCAAACAGCAAGCAGAAAACUAACACAGUCCCCUCUUCUAUAGCUUAUGCUACUGUGAACAAUUGUAACAAUACUAAAAAACUCAAUGAUAAUCUACCUACCACAAAUGUAAAUAGUUCGUCAGCCACUGUCAACCCCCAGAGGGCACAGUGUGAUAAAGUUAUGAAAGAAAAAGAUUUCAUCACCCAUUACACAAAUGGCAAGUUUACAUACAAUGGACAUUUAUUAGAUAAUCCUCACAACAGACCCGAAAACAUUCACAAUCAUAAUCUCGAGAGAAAAGACACCAAUUCUGAAUCAGAAACGACCAUGAUUUGUGCAAUUUGUCAAGAUAGAGCUACUGGUCUACAUUAUGGAAUCAUCACAUGCGAAGGUUGCAAAGGUUUUUUUAAGCGAACUGUACAGAAUAAGAGAAUAUAUGCAUGCGUUGCUAGUGGUGACUGUGAAAUCAACCGAGCCCAGAGAAACCGGUGCCAGUUCUGUCGCUUCAAGAAAUGUCUGGAAAUGGGCAUGGUUUUAGCAGCCGUGCGAGAAGACAGAAUGCCAGGAGGAAGAAAUUCAGGUGCAGUUUAUAAUUUGUAUAAGGUAAAAUAUAAGAAACAUAAGAAGAAAGAUCUCGGUUUUAAAAAGAUUUGCUACAAAAGUCAAGAUUCCUCAGAUACAAUGUCUGAUAUUUCUCCCAGUAUGGCAUCGUACACAUCUCUCAGAAAUAUGAAUGCCCUUGAACAAGAUUAUUGGCCACGGAGUGUCUCUGAAUGUGGUGACAGACUCGAAGUUCCCGCCAACCUUCGACAUUCCGUUUCUCCCACGCCCUCAACCUCUUCUUCCCCACCACCUGCCAUUGACAACAAAAUGGAAGAAUGCAAGAUGCUGAUCUCCGAACUAGUUGAAAGAGACACUUUAUUGGAGAUUGCUGAAACAUAUGGUUUUGAACAAUUACUAGCAAAUCAAGAGUCUGUAGCUCAGACUCUGUGUAAAAUUGGAGAUGAUAUUGUGAUUAAAUUGGUUCAGUGGAUCCGAAAAUUGCCUUUCUAUUCUGAAAUUCCCAUUGAAGUGCAAUCUCAGAUAUUGACCAAAAAAUGGCAUGAACUUUUAUUGCUCAUAAUGACAGCAUUUGGUGCUUUAGACUUGAAGAAAAGCUAUGCGUCCUGUCCACUGUUUACAGAUCUAUUUCGACAGAACAUCACCAAAAUACAGUGGUACUUAAAUAAAACGUUUGGAAACAAUUUGUCGGUACAGCAACUUAAUAAAGAAGUUGGACCAGUCAUUGAAAAGGUCACUCACAUAAUGUCGAAGUUUCUGUCAUUGAAAUUGACACGACAAGAAUUUGUCUGCCUACAGGUUAUACUACUAGUUAGUCAAAAUGAUGAUAAAUCAAGCGCCCCUCCAGCAAUUAUUGGUCAAUUACAGGAGAGAUAUAUGAAAGCUCUACAACUUUAUACACAAUCACAGUUUUCUGGUCAGCCAUAUCGAUUUGGUGAACUUCUUCUACUUUUACCUCAGAUUCAAGAAGCCUCUGCAUUAUUGUUGAAAAGCAAGAUGAUAUAUAUUCCUUUUCUUCUUAAUACGUAAACUUAUUAACCAUUGAUGUGUCUCUCACCAUUGAUAAGAUGGGUAUGCUGGUCAUUUUGGCCAGUAGGGUUGUAUUUGCUAAUCCAGAUAUAUAUAAAAUGAAUAAAACUGAUUCAUAAUUUUAACAGUCAGUCAAGUUACAUGCUAUGAAAAUAGUUAUUCUUAAGAAUUGUUGCUAGUUUUGGGUGUGUAAAACACUAAACAACUGACUUUUACCUUCAAAGAAUAACCAAAAUAGAAUGAAAAGUUUGGCUGGCAACAUUUUGGAAUUAAAUUCUUGGUUUUAACCCAUGUAAGCUUUGACUAUCAUGUAGUUAACCAUGAAUUUCCUAGUGUAAAGUAUGAUUAGCAUAUCCAAAACUUAUACGUGAUAGGCAUAUUCAUACACAAUUGAUCUUUUACCUAACCAUAUCACCUCAAAAACGAAUUAGAUUUGAAUUAUAGUGCUUUUUUUUAAGCUGAUUUGAAAACUUUUAGAAUAUCAAUAGAAUACCUAUUAAACCAUGUUUCUACUAUCUUAAAUUGUCUAUUAUAAAGACUGAAGAUUAGCAAAUGGUACUUAUUGUAUAUAAUAUCAGAGAACUGUAUUUUUGUCAAUGAGAAUAUUUCCGGUGUUCUAACUAUUUUUUCACUCGUAUAGCUAGGAAUUUGCUAAGAGGGUGGCUUGCUCAGGUUUGAAUGACUGAAGCUCAUGAAGCGAGCACUAAGGGUGCAAGUUAGGUAGGCGGUUUGGGGGCAUGCUCACUGUAGAAAAUUUUGUCUCCAUUUAAGGUAACCUUAGUAAAUAUGAUACCAAUGACUCUUUCAGUGGUAUUUUCUCUUCGUUAAGAGUUUCUCAGUGUGUUUCGUACCAAGUUUGAUAAAUACAUCUACUUUUUUACUAAAAAUUGGAUUGUCUGGUACGAAACAAUAAAAAUGUAUAAGGUUAUACAAUUCAUGUGUUAAGAGUUAAUGUCAAGGGUUUGAAAGUCAAGUGAAAGUUUUGAGGUUUUGGCUUGUAGCAUUCUUGGACGAUGCUGGAGAUUACCUUUUAAUAAUUUGGCUUUAUUUGGAGCGAUCGUAAUUGGUUGGGAGCAGGAUGAGGGGGGGGGGGGGCGGACGGCUCGAGCUGAGCUGGCUACACCACUGAAUGUAUUCAAAUCAAAAUCCAGUGACAUGGAAAAACCUUGCAAGUCAUUUUUCAUGAUAUUGAGGUAAUAAAAAAAAUAAAACAUUUGAAUAUUUAAUACAAAUGUUUUCUUAGCUUGGUUUAUAUUUUACAGAUAAAGUUGCUGAAAUGUAGUUUUGAUGUUUUAUUUGUAAGAUAUUUAAACAAAUUAACACGAAAUAAUGUAAAUAAUUGGGUAUUUUUUUAUACUUGAGGGGUUUCCAACUUCAAAAUAUAGACACAAAUUCUGAUUUAUGUGUUUAUCCUGCAUAAUUACAAAUAACUAAACCCCAAGAAAUUUAUUUCAUACUGUAGUCAUCAUAGAAAACCCUGUAAGUUGUUUUCAAAUUGAAAAUGUAGAUAACUAUACACAAUUAAAGCUAGCCGAUGACAUUUGACAUAUUAUGGGAAAUUAAACAAAGAAUAUGAAUCUCAAGUAAAAUUUAUAUUCGAUAAAUUGACUUACAAAUUUUUUCCAUGUCACUGAUUUGUGUAUGUAUUAUAUUUAUGUAUAUUGUAUUUGUUUAUAUUUUCUUUUUAUUUAUAUUUACAAAUUUCAUGAAUAAAUAAUUGUACAUAUAUUUGUUAAAUAAAAUAUAUGUAUGUUCCUUGAUAUUGGAUUAAGACUGAUUAUGCUGCAGGAUUUCUUUGGUUUAUAAUUAGCAUAAAAACACGGUAGUUAGAUCUAUCAAUUAAUCUUUUUACUAAAAGGGAUAACAUCAAUAUAAAAAAUUUAAUAUUUUUAGGUUCAGCCAAUCUUGAAUAUGGACCAAGGGUUUUAUAUCUGGACUAAGUAUGUCAAAAAAAGAAACUUGCAAUCAGUUUACUCAAUGUAAAUUGUCUAGUCUGACAAAAAAUAGUAAGAUAUCUAUUAUAAGUAUUAUUGAUAUACAGUGUGUCUUAUCUUGAUUACAAUCAUCAUUAUCCCGGUUAUAUCCUAUUUCAUUUCUUAUCUUGAUUGAUUAUUCAUUAAGUUUCUAUCAUCAACCAUCAGAACAAUGAGAUAUUUAAUAUCACAAUACUUUUAAAUAUAUCGAAACAGAUAAAUGAACAACUUGUAAAUGUUGUGCUCCUUUAGGGAUUCCUUCUUUACAACAUUAUCUGAAAAUAGGAUUGACAUACAUUCAUUAAAUAUUUUUUAUGUCCAUCAAAUGCAUUUAACAGUAUGUUUCAUAUCAUUGUCUAAUAUAUUUUCACUUAGUGCUUUAAGAGUUGCAUUUUGUUAAUUAUGUUCUACUAAAUGAUGUUCUAUUGUUAAUAGUGUUCUAUUGUCAUUAAUGUUCAAUUAUUGACAGUGUUCUUUUAUUGUUAAUUAUAUUAUAUUAUUAAAUAUUUUGACAAACAUAUAUCUGAAUUGUAAUUUUCCUGAGAAAAGAUAUUCAUUUUGUUGUGAUUGGUUGAGUUUUACAAAGUUUAUUUUCUGAAGGAAUAUGUAUAGUGCACUCUGUAAUGUCUAACGAUAUUUCAAGUUUUAAAAACAUUUCAGAUAAUCAAUUUAAUAAAAAUACUGGCACAAUAAAUUAUUUUAGUAAUGAUUCUUGCUGUCUGGUGCAAGGAUAAUCCCCAUAAAGAGGCCUUAAAUACAUAAAAAAAAGCAGGGGAUUUUGUUGCCACCAGGACAAAACUACCCUACUUAGUAUAGAUUUUAUGAAUGAAAAACAAGAAUUGAUCUACAGUCUAGCUUAUAUAUAUGAUAGAAUGAUUCCAAAUAUGAGAUUUGGCUAAAAAAAAAGUAUGAUAGCAAUUAAUCAUUUAAAGAAAAAAUAUGACUGCAUUAUGAUAAACAUUUUUCUGUUCAAGAUGUUGUGAGAAUGGGUUGGUUAAAUCAUUAUGAAGUCACAAACAUUGAUCUGUGCUGAUUUAACAUUGAAAUAAAGUAUGUAAUUUACAUUUUGUACUGUAUAUUGUUAUGAAGUAUGUUAUAAUAUGUAAUUUAUUGUUAAUUUAAAAUUAUCGAAAUAUCAUGUUGAGUUGAGGAAGAUUUUAAUUGAAAAUUUUGUUGACUUACAAUGAAAUAUGUUUGUUAAAGGAUGAAUUAAUGGCAUGGUAUUUGUUCGAAAAUAAAUUCUUUAAAAAGUAAAACAA